AUGGAGAGUCCUGUAGCACACCAGCUGACUUGCCACACGCCAGGUUCCAAGGCGGACAUCCCCAAGGACCUUCUCGCUGAAGUGAGAAAGUUGGAAGAUAUUUUCACCGUCGACACCCAGAAGCUCAAACAGAUCACUGAUCACUUUGUGAAUGAACUUGCCAAAGGCCUUAGCGUUGAGGGUGGCAGCAUUCCCAUGAACCCAACAUGGGUCAUGUCUUUCCCUGAUGGCUACGAGACUGGUACAUUCUUGGCUCUUGAUAUGGGCGGUACCAAUCUGCGUGUCUGCGAAAUCACCCUGACAGACCGCAAAUCAGAAUUCGACAUCAUCCAGUCCAAGUACCGCAUGCCAGAGGAGCUCAAGACCGGAUCCAGCGAGGAGCUAUGGGAGUACAUCGCAGCCUGUCUUCAACAGUUUGUCGAGACUCACCACGGCGACCUGACCAAACUCGAACCUUUGCCUCUGGGUUUCACAUUCUCUUACCCGGCCACCCAAAACUACAUCGACGAGGGUAUUCUCCAGCGCUGGACCAAAGGAUUCGACAUUGCUGGUGUCGAGGGAGAGAACGUCGUGCCCAUGUUCGAGGCUGCCAUUGCCAAGCGUGGAGUACCCAUCAAGCUAUCAGCCUUGAUCAACGACACCACAGGAACAUUGAUUGCUUCCGCAUACACCGACACCAAGAUGAAGAUUGGCUGCAUCUUCGGAACCGGCUGCAAUGCCGCCUACAUGGAGAACUGCGGUUCCAUCCCUAAGCUGGCACACAUGAACCUGCUCCCCGACACCCCCAUGGCAAUUAACUGUGAGUGGGGUGCCUUUGACAAUGAACACAAGGUCUUGCCUCGUACAAAGUAUGAUGAGUUCAUCGACAACGACUCUCCUCGCCCAGGCCAGCAGGCGUUUGAGAAGAUGAUUGCAGGUCUGUACCUUGGCGAAAUCUUCCGACUGGUCUUGGUUGACUUGCACGAUAACAAGGAGGUCCACCUCUUUGAGAAUCAGGACAUUUCAUUGCUACGCAAACCUUACUCUCUGGAUGCAUCUUUCUUGUCUGGAAUUGAAGAGGACCCCUUUGAGAACCUUCAGGAGACUUAUGACACCUUCCAGACCAAGCUGAACAUCACUCCCACGGUCCCUGAACUUGAGCUGUUCCGAAGACUGGCGGAGCUCAUCGGAACCCGAGCCGCCCGACUUUCCGCCUGCGGUGUUGCAGCCAUUUGCAAGAAGAAGAAUUACGACUCCUGCCAUGUCGGUGCCGACGGAUCCGUCUUCAACAAGUAUCCUCACUUCAAGGCUCGUGGCGCACAAGCCCUACGUGAGAUUCUCGACUGGCCUGACAAGGCUAACCCUAAGGAUGAAGACCCGAUAGAGAUCCUGGCGGCCGAGGAUGGUAGCGGUGUUGGAGCUGCUCUCAUUGCCGCUCUGACUCUCAAGCGAGCCAAGGCUGGCAACAUGGCCGGCAUUCUGCAUCCCGAAAACUUUAAAUAA